AACGAUCAACUCUGAACAAGUACCUUCUACAUGGAGGACAUGGUGGCCACGAUAGAUUUAUACGUCCACCAGCCACCACAUACAUGGGGAGUCUUCGGCCGGCGGGAUUCAAGCUCACUAUCCAAUUGAUGUGAAUUCAACACUCUACCACCCAGGCUAUUCUGGCCUUCGAUACAUUGUGAAUUCAUGUUUUGCUUUAGAGGAAAUCAUGUUAUGUUUAAAAAGAAUAAUUGGGCGAAUCGUUUCAAAUCAACAAAACAACCACUUCUCCAGCAAAUAUCAACUGUCCAUUUCAACAAAGUAGUCAACACACAUGGAUGCCAACAUCGAAUUUGUCAUUUACACAGCGCUGACCGCAACGGUGUGGAUGCUUUCACUUUCCUGGUUGCUACCGUUUUUGCUUCUUCUCAAAUUCAGCAAAUCAAUUCGAAAUAAGUGGUUCUCAUGGCUCUUCGUUACUAUCAUCAGCCCUCUGUUGAAUCCUGUAAUGAUUAAAAUGAGAAAAAAGGCUUUCAGUCGUCUGAAAGAUCAUUUGGGGGACAGAAAGAGGAACACCCCUUUAGAAAUUCUGGAGAUAGGUAUUGGAGGAGGAGCCAAUUUGCAGUACUAUCCAGAAAAUUCGAAUCUGACCGCUGUGGACAUGAAUCCAUCGUUCAUAACAUACUUUGAGGAAAACCGGCAGAAGUACCCUCAAGUCAACUUCAAGAGAACUGUUAUAACCAUGGCCGAAGAUAUGCAUGAGAUCGAUGAUAAUUCCUUUGAUGUUGCAAUCUGCACCUAUACCCUCUGCUCUGUGAAAAGUGUGCGAUCUGCUCUGAAUGAAAUCAAACGCGUGUUAAAACCUGGUGGCAAGUUUCUUUGUGUGGAACACGUCCUAUACUCCAAAUCGAGUUGGAAUUCGUCGCUACAGAAGUUUGCUGCCCCCUUGUGGAAAAUAUAUUUUAACGGGUGCACUUUAACACGAAAAAGUGAUGAAGAAAUUAGAAAGACUGGGUUUAAAGACGUUGUAAUAGAGAUGCACCAUCCUAAAGAUAUGUGGUUGGUUGCAAGGCCACAAAUUAUCGGAAUAGCUACGAAGUAACUCAUUGACCAUCAUCAGAUUGCAAUUACGUGUAACCACAUUGCUUUUUCUUUUUGUUGUUGUUGUUGUCUGUCUUGUGCAUAAAAAAGAAUUUUUGAUUUGUG